GAUGACUCAAGCACAUGACCCAUCGACGGAAGAAAUUUCUUCUAAACUUCAAGUUGAAGAUUUGUGGCGAUAAUGUCUCGGAUGGAGAACGUUGCUGCGAAUUAAUAUUUCGGUUUUCUUCAAGAGAAUGGUCAGCCUUGGAGGUGGACAGGAUGGAAGGCAUGUUGGGAGACAAGGGGGCUUUUUCUUCAACGAGCACGAGCCCAGCAUCUUGCAGUCACCGGAAGAUGAAGAGCUGCUGAUCACGCAGAACCUGCAGGCAGAAGAGGAGCCCCACUUCAAGAGAUGCAGCACUCUGUGGAUGGUGGCCUUACAAGUGGUACUCAUUACUGCGUACCUGGCUGCUUCAGCUGUCCUCCCGUACGCCAUCGAGCCCUGCGUCAAUCGCAACGCCACGCGGGCGGAGCAGUUGGAGGAUGCGUUUGUCUACCUAGCCUUCAGCCAUCCCGUCGUCUGGCUGCUGCUGCUACUGGCCGACCGCUUUCUCCAGUACCGUCACACGCUGCUGCGACGCCACGGCUACCUAGACUUCACCCAGAAGACCAGAUACCUGCGCCGCACGGCAGAGUUUGUGUUUUCACUGGGCAAUGCGUUCAUGCUGACCAUCGUCCUGCUGCGCUACAAGUUCAUGUCACAGGUGAGCUCCGUCAAGCCCGUGGGAACAGCGUCGAUUCACGGCGUCAACUACCAGGAGAUGAUCAUUGGCGUGGAGUCCAUCAUCGCGCUCUUCUGCUGUGCAAGAUAUGCAAUGUUAGUUUACAAGUUCAACAAAGCCGAGCUCCCGCCUGACGCCGAGCAGGAGGAGCAGAUGAUAGCUGUCAUGCAACCCAGCACUCACCUGCCGGACAUUGGUUAUAGGGACAGCCAGUACGUGGAAGCCCUGCUGGAGAGACAGGCGGACAUGAUCCGCUACCUCAAGCAUCACACCGAAUACCUGAGCAAACGCAUCUUGAAGCUGCGAGCGUCGCAGAAAGACGGCCGUCUGAUGGGCAGUGUACAGGUCUAGGCGGUGGCGGAGUCACCAAGUCACUAGGGUCAAAUGUCAGCAGCAGAGAAUCAGGGAAGGGUGGUUGCUUUACAGUGUCGCGCCUGCUUUCCGGGGAUAGCAAUUUGCGAUAAUUAAGCAACUCCGGCAACUGUCUUGUCAUCUUUAGGGUCUUUAUUUAUAUUUUCUUUUGGGGGUGUGUCCAGGUCAGAGAGAAAGUUGCGAUGCAAUAAAUAUGUGCCUUUUCAUAGCCACUAAUCUAAUCUCCAUGACAAAAAUCUGGAUUAUGGUUCCGUACUUAGCAAACAAAUGAAACUAUGCACUGGCUCUCAGCCUUCCAUUGGAAUGUGUGCAGGGAACCAGUCAUUGUCCCCCUCCAUCAUUAU